AUGAGAGUGAAUAAUUACUGCUAUGAUAUGACUACUGUGAAUCUCAUUCUAUCUUUUAUUAAUUCACUCCAAUUUGUGCUGACAGAGAAAUUUUGUGUGUUUAUACAUGAGAAUCAUACCCAUGCCAUGCUUGCUGAGGAAAUCAAGGAGAAAACCACAGAACUGAGACAUCUCAAAGGUGAAGAGCUAGUAGGACUGAGCAUGGAAGACUUGGUUAAACUCGAAAAAUUGGUUGAAGCAGGGUUAAGUCGUAUUGCCAAAACCAAGGGUGACAAAUUCAUGAAAGAAAUUGGUAUUCUCAAGAAAAAGGAAGCAUUAUUAAAGGAAGAGAAUGUGAAGUUGAGACAGAAAGUAGCAGGCUCAUCGGAAGAGCAAACACCUCUGCUGUAGUGAGGGCUUUCAUCUGAGUCAGUUACCCGCUUAAGCGACCAAGCUGGAAGUUGUCCUCAGGACCUCAACAAUUCGGACACAUUUCUCCAGCUCGGGUAUGUUUGUUUUAAGUCAAACAUGGAUCGGAUAAUUUGUUACAAGAAUAAAAUGAAUUACAUAUGUGGAAUAUAUCCAACAUUUGGAUCUUAUAUCUGGACGACAUGCUGCAUAUCAGUUGAAUGGGGGGCAUCUCAUUCUCUGACCAUGCCCCAACUGAAUUGUAGGGAGGAUGAGAUUGCAGUUGCAGAAGAUCGAAUAUAUAAUUUGAGCAUAACUGGCUCUAUGAUACCCAGAAAUUGUGGUUUAUGCUGCAUUAUUUUUUAG